CAACUGUUGAUAUUUUUUUAUAUUUGCAAGUGGUUAGCAUACUGAAUUCGUCUACUUUGAAUUUAUCUUAGAGUUUUAGUUGGUGACGGAGACAUGUUUGUAGAGUUUCAAUGUCUUUCCAAGAUUUUGAUUGAGUUCUAGAGAGGGGAACUUUGUUAUUUACGUGCAUGUGGUGUCUGAUACAAAGAAAAGGAAACCAGACACCAGUUUAAGACCCUAUUCCUCUGGCGACACUGAAGAAACAUACAUCCGGAGAUGUCAAGAUCCACACAGAAUGAUGAUAACUACGACAUUUUAGAACAGGUGAUAGACGCCCUUAUUGGUUCUGGUCUAGAAUCCGCUGGCAUGAUUGUUGGGAUUGAUUUCACAAAGAGCAAUGAGUGGACAGGUGCUACAUCAUUCAACAACAAGUCUCUGCAUCACAUUGGAGAAAUUAAAAACCCGUACGAGCUAGCGGUAACAGUUAUAGGGGGGUCUCUUUCAGGAUUAAAUAGCGAAGAUAAUAAUCUCAUCCCUUGUUUUGGAUUCGGAGAUGCAUCAACAAAUGAUAAGGAUGUAUUCAGUUUUUAUUCAGAUCAAAGAUCAUGUAACGGCAUCGAGGGAGUUCUGGAGUGUUAUAGAGAACUUGUUCCCCAUGUUCGCUUAGCUGGGCCAACUUCAUUCGCUCCCAUAAUUGAAACGGCUAUAGAUAUUGUGGAGAACAGUGGACGUCGAUAUCAUCUUCUGCUCAUUAUUGCAGAUGGUCAGGUGACCAGAAGUGCAGACACAGAAAUAGGUCAGUUAAGUCGACAGGAACAGGAAACAAUUGAUGCUAUAGUUAAAGCAAGUAAAUAUCCAUUAUCAAUUGUUUUAGUUGGUGUUGGUGAUGGACCCUGGGAUAUGAUGAAGGAGUUUGACAAUAAUAUUCCGCAUCGAACAUUUGAUAAUUUUCAGUUUGUGAAUUUUACGGAAAUCUGGAGCCAAGAUAUCUCUUUAGAGAAUAUGCGCUCACAAAUUGCUCUCGCAGCAUUUAUGGAAAUACCCGCGCAAUACCUUGCAACUUUAGAGCUUCCGCAUUUAGGCCACACACACGAGCGGUGGAGGAGUCCACUACCUCCUCCCACUAAUCACCACUACCAGCAAUCACCUUUACCUUGUCCAACUGAUCAACUACCGCGUGAUGAUUCUUCCAAUAGUGCUGCUGCUUCGAUUUCUCGCUUGGCAGAGGACACUCAUGAAGAGGCAUACGAUGCAGUAGUCUGUCCUAUAUGUUUUGAGAAUCCUAGGAAUCUCGUUUUUGGAUGUGGCCAUCGGACAUGCGAAGAAUGCGGGAGGGAAUUAUCACUAUGCCCCAUCUGUCAAACCCCAAUUACUAUCAGGAUCAAACUUUACUCAUGACCAAUCACAUUUGAUCCCUCUUUCGCUAUGUUUUGUUAGUCAAAGUAUCCUAACUUACUAGGGAAUCAACAGAGCAGUGGCACACUCCGGGCUGUUGCUCGAGGUGGCCCUUUAUUGGUCUGCCCUGUCCAAGAACUGUUCUUCAUUUCUUCACAUUCUCAUUCUUACAUGUAAUGUUUGAUUGUCAUUUGAGCUAACCAGGCAAGAAUAAAACCUGGAGUUGAAGCCAGGGUAACAAAUAAAUGUAAUGUUUUACAUCUCUGGACUCUCUGCAUUUUCCACCACCAAAAGUGGUGUGUCUGUAUUGAAUUCAAUGAUGUUUAUGAAUUGUGCAUUUACAGUCUUCCUUUUUUUA